GAUCAGAUAUAUAAUAUAAAAAUGAAGGCCUUAAUUCUUGUUGGUGGUUUCGGAACCAGACUCCGUCCUCUCACUCUAUCAGUGCCAAAGCCUAUCGUCGAGUUUGCCAACAAGGCAAUGAUCUUGCAUCAGAUCGAAGCCUUGUGCAAGAUUGGUGUCAACGAAGUCGUUCUGGCCGUCAACUACAGACCACAACUUAUGUCUGCUUACCUCGAACCCUAUGCUGAGAAGUUGGGAAUCAAGAUAUCAUAUUCACAUGAGACUACUCCUUUGGGAACAGCAGGACCACUGGCAUUGGCACGUGAUCUGCUUAAUGAUGGUCAACCAUUCUUUGUGUUGAACAGUGAUAUCAUCUGUGACUUCCCAUUCGCUGAUCUGCUGGCCUAUCACAAGGCACACGGCAAGGAGGGUACCAUCAUGGUGACCAAGGUCGAGGAGCCAUCCAAGUACGGUGUCGUCGUCUAUAAGGAGGAUUCAGGACUGAUUCAGCGAUUCGUCGAGAAGCCACAACAAUACGUUGGCAACAAGAUCAACGCUGGCAUUUAUAUAUUCAACCCAUCCAUAUUAGAUAGAAUUCAACCAAAGCCAACUUCAAUCGAGAAGGAGAUCUUCCCUGCCAUGGCAGAGGAGGGUAACUUGUAUUGUAUGCAACUGGAAGGAUUCUGGAUGGACGUUGGUCAACCAAAGGACUUCUUGUUGGGCAUGGGAUUGUACUUGAACUCGUUGAAGCAAAAGACUCCAGAGAAGCUGGCCUCUGGCCCAGGCAUCGUCGGCCCAGUGCUGCUCGACGCCACUGCCGUCAUCAAGCCCGGCUGUCUGAUUGGACCAAACGUCACGAUCGGUCCCAACUGUGUGAUUGAGGAGGGCGUUCGUCUGGUCAACACCACCGUGCUCGAGGGCGUCACCGUCGGCAGAAACAGCUGGGUCAAGUCGUCCAUCAUUGGCUGGGAGUCGACCAUUGGCAAGUGGGUCAGAAUGGAGAACACAUCGGUGCUGGGCAAGGACGUGCACAUCUCUGACGAACUGUACAUCAACGGUGGCAAGAUCCUGCCACACAAGUCUAUAACAUCUUCGAUCGAGUCGCCAGAGAUCAUUAUGUAA